AUGGUGCUCUUUCAAGCCUCAAGCGUAUUACGCAGCGUGCACGCCGUCACCUUCGACGAUGGGUUACACAAACAAGAUGGACAAGACAGCAGCAUCCGGGCUGUGUCCCCUCAAACACCUCUGGAGCAGCCCGAGAAUAGCUCGCCAGUAUCUAGCACGACGGCAAGAGAUGAUGAGGGGCCACUUAGCCAAUGCCAGGAGUCCUCGGAGUCGGCAGGCCUUGAUCAGAAGGUGAAAGAGAGAUGCCGUGUGACAUGGACUCCUGUGACUGAGGUCGCUUCAAAUAGCCAUCGUGUCAAUAAUCGAGGAUUCUUUGUGGUGAGAGGCGCUCUGUCGCCGUAUCCAUCCAUUGUGCCGAUGACAUCCUCGAUUGCUUUGAAGACCUCGACGGCCUCAAGCACUCUUCCGGCGCCUUCUUGCACAGAGGGGACUGCCAACGCAGGUCCUCCCCACGCCGAGUUUGGUCUGGAACAAACCGAUGCGAGGAAACCUUUGCUGACUUCACGGCCUGGCUUCACUUCCAAAGGCAAAGCCCCGUGUUGUCCUCGAAUCUCCUUGGGAACAUCCACUAUGAUGUUCCGCCGACAUACCUCCUCUCGAGACCAGGGACGUACUUCGGAGCAGACCGAAGAGAAAAAAGCUGCGAUUUCUCAGUCCCUGGCCUCAGUUCAGCAACCUUCCGAGCCUCGUGCUCGAUUCGAUCUGUUGACGGGUAGACCCCGUCCUGAGAGUCGCUCUCAAGUGUACUCUCACCAACCAGCGAGCCACAUCCCCGUUGGUGUGCCAAUUGUCCCCCGCCGUCGCUCGAAAAUCUCGCGGCUUCCUCGACCUUUGGGUCAAGUUUUCAUCAACCCGCCAGAGCUUGGUAUCAGCGAGGAUGCGGGAAUCAAUGAGAGCACCCUCAGGCCGCGGGUAAAAGGACAGGGAAAGAAGGUCGAGAUCUGUACCGCUGAAGCUGUCCACGCGCGCCGAGUCAGAUCGUCCGAGCUUCACGAGGCAGCGAUCGAGCAGCCCCAAUGGGACCGCUACGGCCCGGCUCUGCGAAUCUCGGAAAGCGCAGACAGGUAUCUUCGGGCUUCAAGCCAGGGUCUGCAAGCCAAAUCGGUAUCGACGUUCCCCCGAGACAAUACGUUCAACCGACAUCGGAUUCCUCGCAAGCCUGUGCCGGUUCCUCCUCGCUCGUCGUCCGAGCAGCCCGUUGCCCAAGUGGCUGCCUCUGGUACGUUCCUGGCACGCUCCUGGUCAUUUCAGCCAGCCCAAGAGAUCUCGCGCCCUGCCAGCUUAACCGAAAAACACCCGCGUCUGCUGGAUAGAAUGACCCGAUCCAGCACACAGGUGGAACUCGAGGAACGGCGCCCUAGCAUGAUGGGGGGUGUUCGCACCAUCCUCGCCAAAGGUGCUCGGACUAAGCUGCGAGAGCCAAAGUCAAAGGUCACGGGCGAUGGAUUCGAGAAAGUCGAAGACUCCGCUAUCAAUGUUUGCGGCCCCUUGGAGACUUGUCCUCCUGCCCAGCUCGCGGUGUCGACACUAGCAGUGUCUCCGGUCCAAGUCCUGGUAGAGACCCUUCCAGUCCCUCCGUCCCAGGAGCCAGUGCUGGAAUUGAGUGCGAGCCCGGCACAGUCACAAAUCCUUGUGCAGGCCGAGACUGUGCCCGUCGCUGCGGCCCCUCACCCGAUCGCUAGCCAGGGUCCAGAAGAUGACCCGGCAGUGGCAACGGCAGCCCAGAGACCGGGUUCACGGGGAGUUUCAAUGCCUCGGUUGAUGGCGGAUCUCACCCAGUGCGUCAACAGGCUGGGGAAGCGUCUGGUUGAUGAAGCCGACCAUGAACGCAGGAAGCAGCUGUACGCAGACUUUGUUCGCCUCUCGACCCUCCGCGCUGACAUCCUGGCCCGUGAAGACUUUAUCGAUGAGCAACAAACCCUUCUUCAAACCAUGCGAGCUCAGAUAUCGACCCGCCGCGUCCUUGCAACUGUUCGAACCGACACCGUCUACCGACAAGAUGCGGUUGCUCGCAAUCUCGAUGUGCCGACGGACGAACUCGUGCGGAAUUGGUAG